AUGCGUAUGACAACGCCAUGCCAUCGUCCCGCUGGCAUGCUUCGGUUUAUGGACAGCCCCAUAACGGUCGUCAGGAGUGCUGCGAUCGGAGAGGGGAACUCUAACAGAGUUGGUGACGCUCAAGAAGAGGAUACAUUGCCCGAAGUAUGUGGUGCCAACAUGGUUUGUUUACGUAAAGACGAUGAAAGCGCAGCUGUGAACUCCACACCCAAGUCACAAGUUAUGAGCUGGACUGAGUCACUGAUACAAGUGGCAAAAACUACCGACAAAUCAACUACAAGUGUCGACCUAAGCACCGAGGCAUGCUGUGAGAACUUUACCACCACUGGGAAUACGAAACUGCCGAUCUUCAGCUACACUCCGUCAAGUGUGGCCUCUUCGUUUGUUGACACAGUCGUCACACAGGACCUCGACAACCAUAUCCACAAGCCUGUUGACAGUAAACCAGAGGAUACUGUAUACAUCCUUUUGGCCACACUGUUCGCGGGCAACUCAGGAGCAACCACAACCUUUAAAGAAAGACGACCGCAGUCAGACAAACCCCAUGGGGACAUUCUGUUGAAAAUGUUUGGAGAAGAUUUUAUAUCUUCCUUCUUUCAAACACCAUUUUUUGAGCCAAGAUUUCCACCUAGUUCGUCCCAACGUUCCUGCAGCACAGGGCGAGCUUCGAACCAUCUGCAUGAGCGAUGCUCACUUCAGGGUCCACGUGAUAUUUUUGAACAGUUUUCGCAGGCUGCCGACAAGGUCUUUGCAGCGGCAACGAGGUCGUUUUUUCGAGAAGCAGAAAUGCUCCCACGGUAUUUUUAUCCAAGCUACCUAAGGGAUCCACCCCCACCAACGUCAACCUCGGUCACUCGAAUCGGCGUGACACUGAAUGGUGAUCUAACCGAACGAAGAGUCGAUGGAUUUGGAAGUCGUCCUUACAGGCACAGCAAUAAUGACAGAGUUCAAAUUGACCGAACACGGCUUCAGUGGUAUGAUUCAAACACCCGUCGGUCACUUGUCCCUGCACCCGUUCAACCCGCUUCACGCGCUGAACCCUCGGGUAGACUGACCAAAGAUGAGUUGGCUAAACUCCCGCUUUCUGUCUACCGAGUUCGCAAGGCCGCCGUGAAUAGCAGCCGGGAAGAAUCAAGUGGAAAUACCUCCUUUCUCUCCAGUACUGAAUCCUCUCCCGUUGUUCCUGUUGGGAGGAACACGAGCAACGUUUGUUCGCCGGGCUCCGCAUACCUCGAUCCAGUAUCUAAAACACCAACUGUUGUCGAGAUUCAACCGCUUCAGUCAACCCCGACAAGAGGGCAUCCCGAAUGUGAAAUUUGUCUGACUGAGUACCGUAACAAAGACCAACUGCGUCAUCUACCUUGUGGUCAUGCUUUCCAUAAAAAAUGCAUUGAUGCUUGGUUCAACGAAUCUAGCACCUGUCCAAAGUGCCGGGCUGGCGUGCGGACAGGGUUGAAGCGACUAGAACGCAACCGGAAUCGUUCUUGUGCAUCUUCCAGAAAUGCACCAGUUCGGGCUAUCCGUGAACGAACUACUACCUCCGUACCCGUAAAUAAUGCGCCUGUAGGUGUUCCAUCGUUCACUCUCGCCCUCAUUUUCUUGUCGUGUUGUUUUCAGGUAUCGCCGAGUUUCUGUGUCCAAAAUGGAGAUCGCAGACAAUGCCGAACAGAUCGACCCACUCAGAAUCAACGGAGCAAUCCUGUAGCACUGCAGAGCGGUACCGAGGGAUCUGAAGAGGUGACAUCAGGUUCGAGCUUUGUGAGAUCCGGUUCACCCAUACCAAACGAACGCACCCGGAUGGCCAAUCCCGGUUCUCCAUUAUAUGCGGACGAUAGAACUCAGUGCCCGGUAGAGCCUGUCGAUAAUAGACUACGAGGAAAUGCGACCGCUAGUUCAAGUGUUUUCGGAAUGUUUGACGACGGCACAAUUGAUCUUCGGCCUCGAAACAGCAAUACUAUUCAUCGACAGACUCAGGUUGCAACAGAGGCCGAAAAGUCAAGGGUCGCGCGUCGAAAAGCAGCUGAGGCAGCAAUUCGUCGGGCGGAACAAGCCGAGCGGGAACGGUUGCAAGGUACGGGUAACUAGCGGUGGGAAAUCUGCAUCGAACUAUUAGUACCCAGAUUUUAAAUAUAUCAUUUACACGUAAUCUGAAGUUUCUCAUAAACAUUCAAAUUCGUUGAUUUUUCUGUUGCGCAUGACUAAUGACGUGCCAACAGAUAACUCUGCAGCAUUCUGGCUGACUUUAUUUGACGAAUUUUAGUCAUCAAAGUAUUAUGUACCAGUUUAUGCACCAGUCUGUCUGCUGGAGCCCACUUUAAGUGCACCCCUUGGUCUAUACCAUGUGCUAGAAAACCAAAGUUGAUCAUUUUGUGUUCAUCCGCUUUUUUCGUCUGUUCAUCUGACAGAGUUCUCGUCCUUUGAUUUGUUUCAGAGCUGACGUCAUUUACCCAGCGUUGUCAGUUUAUUCCUUGCAGUAGUUUAUCUUACGUUAUUACUUGGCAUGUCCGGUUUCAUCAUGACAGGUUACACCAUCGCUCAUACUAAAGACCGAUUAGGACUUAAGCUCAGUGUUAUUCAAUAGAAAUAGAUGACCGGUUUGCAGCUUGCUGAUGCAAUGAAG